AUGGAAAUGGCCAGGACGGUGACCUGCUAUGAGAGUGAUCUGAAUCUUAAGGCAACAGAGCUAAGAUUAGGGUUGCCAGGCACUGAUGAGCCCGGAAAACAACCGUCUGCUGGUAUUAAAAGCAACAAAAGAGCUUUUAAUACAGUUGCUCUGCAACCAGAUUCCGAAAAGGGUGACCAACACAGUUGCUCUGCAACCAAAGUGUUUGUGCAGCACAUUGAUAUGCCAGAUAACAACCCGGACCUUCCGUGGGAGUUCAGCGAUGGGAACAAAGAGAAGGUGAAGGAAAUAUUAUCUCACUAUUCAUCAAAGUACAAGCAAUCUGCAGUCAUUCCUCUGCUAGAUCUUGCACAACAACAACAUCAAGGGUGGCUUCCUGUUUCAGCAAUGAAUGCUAAAAUCCAGGUUGCAGUCGUCAAAUUGGCAUGUAAGAGGACCUGCUGUUCACUUGAGGAUAAUCUAUAUGUGAUUCACAAUCUAACAAGUGAUUCUUAUGCUGCUUCCCAUAAGGUUGGAAAGUACCACCUAUUGGUUUGUGGCACAAUGCCUUGUAUAAUACGUGGCUCAAGGGAAAUUGAAGAUGCACUACUAAAGCACUUAGGAGUGAAGUGCAGUGUAGUUGAUUACUCCGAUGGAUCUGAAGGAUAUACCUACAAUUACGAUCGUGGCACCCAGAACCCAAAGCACAUCAAUUCCGGUCCAGAAGGAGGGAAUACUACAUUGUUAGGCGAGCCAAAGGCUCCUCCAUGUCGGGAUCUGGAUGCAUGCUGA